AUGUCAUUCUGGGACAAGUUGACAGGGCGAAAGCCAUCAAAGGAUGCUUCUAGUGGCGGAUCAACAACCUCGAAUACACCAACAGACACAUUCACACCUACACCUUUUAACCCACAAGAAGGGCAAGAUGUCAGCUCUUUUCUUACAGGGCCAGAACUCGUAGAUCCUUCACAACUCCAUCCUAUGGCAGGUCUGAAUCAGCAGACUUUAGAUUACCUAUCUCUUGAAGAAUCCGCCCUCUCGGACCUUCCAGGAUCGCAGUCUGCUUUACCCUCUAGAGGCUGGUCAGACGAUUUGUGUUAUGGUACCGGUGUGACAUAUUUGACGGCGCUGACUGUGGGGGGUGCUUGGGGACUACAAGAGGGUUUGAGGAGGUCUGCGACACAACCGCCAAAGUUGCGAUUGAACUCGGUGCUGAACGCUGUUACGAGACGUGGGCCAUUCUUGGGAAAUUCCGCAGGAGUAAUUGCUAUGGUUUACAAUGGUUUUAAUUCUUUUAUUGGACAUAUGAGGGGUAGACAUGACUCUGCGAAUAGUGUUCUAGCAGGUGCGCUCAGUGGGAUGAUCUUCAAAAGUACAAGAGGAGUUCGACCUAUGAUGAUUUCCGGUGGAAUUGUGGCUUCUGUAGCCGGCGCAUGGGCAGUUGCAAGAAAAGCCGUAUUCUAA